AUGUCGUACUCAUACCCCAAUGCACGCUAUCCAUAUCGGAACGAGUCGCCGUACGGACAAUCAUCGAGCAGAAAAGGGCCUGUAGACUAUUCUAAUGGUGAAUCGUCAUCCUUCCGCUACGGGUAUGGCAGGGACGAUUAUAGAAAUGACUAUGGACGUAGCUACGGUGGAGACGAUAGGUACAGCGGUGAGAGGAAUCAUCCAUAUGAGGAUCGAUAUACGAACCAUGGAUAUGGAGAUGGGUACGGCUACGACAGAAGAAUUGAUUAUAAUUAUAACACGAGGCCGUAUGAAAAUCCCUACCCUCCUCAAGAUCAAUAUGGACCCACAAACAACGGAAGACCAUCAAGCUACAUCCCACCUCAUCAAAGAGGGUUCUCCAGUCCUAUCCAGCCUUCCUUCCCCCCAUAUGACCGCCCUCCUUCACCUCAAUCAAUUCGCCAAUACAGUACCCACGCUCAUUCUCAACCUCGAACACCCUUUUCGCAAGAUAAGACAGUAACACCGCCACCAGUCAACUUACCUCCUAGGGAAUACUUAGAUUUGCUACGUCCAGAUCCUGCCGAACCAUUGAAAAGUGAAAGAAUUAUACCGAAAUUAUUGGUGUUAGAUUUGAAUGGUGCAUUAGUAUUUCGUAAUCGUUCUUCCUCUGCUGAUGGGAGGAACUCCCAUCCGAGACCGUACCUACAAUCUUUCCUCGAAUACUUAUUCCUAUCUGACCCGAACUCCAAGCGGGGAAAGAGAGGAUGGGAAGUUUUCGUUUGGUCCUCGGCUCAACCGCACAACGUUAGGGGUAUGGUCGAAUCCGCUUUUGGUCCAAGGUUCAUCGAGGGUAUAUGGGAGGAAGAAGCUGCAAAUACGAAGUCGGCAAGAGAACAGGAAGGUGAAGGUAGAUUGUUAGGUGUUUGGGCGAGAGAUAAGAUGGGUUUAACAAAUAACGAUUAUUCAAGGAAAGUUCAAACCACCAAAGACCUACGUAAAGUCUUAGAUCACCUACGCCACCUCUCUGCCGACAACAAUCGAACUUCAUGGGACUUCGACGAGAAGAGGACAGUACUGUUAGAUGAUUCCCCUUUAAAAGCGAUCUAUCAGCCAUUCAACCAACUUGUCAUACCUGAAUUCGGUAAAGACGAAUAUCAAAAUUCUAAACUCGCCGCUUUUUCCUCCGGCCCCCAAGAAGGAUCGCUCGAUCAGACUCUGUUAGCUGUCGUUGGUAUAUUGAAUGAACUAAAAUAUGUCAGCAACGUUCCGUUCUGGAUAAAGUCAGGUGGAUUACUUGAUCCGAAUGGGCUUUCACCCAGUGUCAGUUUCAACAGCAAAGAAGAUAAGGAGAUACAGCUGGCACAUCUGCCAACACAUGAUUCGUUCACACAUUGGUUCUCGAACAAGGAGAUAUUCGAUGGAUGGGUCGAGAAAGGUAAAAAUGCCUUGAGGGAAAAAGGAAUAGAUAUCAAACAUGGUAUUUCCCUAGAUCACAAUUUCAUCUCGCAAUCACAGAAAACAAAGGAAUCAAGAAUUCAUUCACCGGUCAAGUUGAGAACUAAGCUUAAUAGAGGAUAUCAUACGAAUGGUGGAAUAGAUGAUGAUGAAUUUUCCCCUCCUCCCCCUUCGCCGAGUCAGAUGAACCCGUUAGAUGUGGCUAGAUAUAUCGAUAAUUUGAUUUGCUCGACAUCCAAUUUGACUGUAGAACAGAAGGAUUCGUUGGUAAUGGCUAGGGAGAUCAUAUCUAAACUACACUCGCAACACCCUCAAGCUCAAGCCGAUGGACAGGAUACAUUAAAUGGCAAUAGGAUUGUCAAUCGAGAAGGAAUGAAUGGUAACGAAGACAUACUUUAUCGUCCAGUCGCUCCAGCGUCUCCACCUCCUCUUAUCCCCGGAAAUCAAACUAUAGAUCGAGAUGUCGUCAACGAUCCAAACUUGCUUCCAAAAGACUUUCGAAUUUCGAAGGGAAAUGAAUCACGAAGGAGACGUCAGAAUGACUAUAGGAGCGAAUUUAGUAAAGCAAAAAUACUAAAUCCCAAACUGACAAACAAAGAAUUCAGGAAAAUGUUCAAAGCGAUCAGAAGUGAUAACGCUGCUGUACAAGAAGAUCUAGAGGAAGUUGAUGAGAGUGGCAGUGAGAAUGAUAAGGAAGAAAUCGACGCAGAUAAAGAAAGGGAUGAAGAUGAAGAUGUACGAGUAAUUUCAAAUGUGGAGUUGAUCAAUAAUUAUCAAAAGAAUCUAUCAUCAUCUUCUCGACAUCAUAACCCAGAUCAGAUCGAGAUAAAUGAUGGUCUAAGUGAAUUAUCGUAUGGUUUAGGCUCAAGAUCAAGAGAUGGGUCCAAGAAGAAAUUGCGCUCGGAUAGUUGGUCUGGUGAAUGA